AUGAGUUCUCUCAAACAAUUCAUCCGCAACGUCAGAGCGGCCAAGACGAUUGCCGACGAGAGAGCCGUCGUCCAGAAAGAGAGUGCUGCUAUCAGAGCCAGUUUCCGUGAAGAGAGCCACAACUCCAACGUCAGGCGCAACAACGUCGCAAAGCUCCUUUAUCUGUUUACCCUCGGCGAGCGAACCCAUUUUGGCCAAAUAGAAUGUCUCAAACUGCUGGCCUCUCCUCGCUUCGCCGACAAGCGUCUGGGUUAUCUAGGCACCAUGCUGUUGCUUGACGAGAACCAGGAAGUUCUUACUCUCGUAACGAACUCCUUGUCCAAUGAUCUCAAACAUUCCAACCAGUACAUCGUCGGUCUCGCCCUUUGCACUCUCGGCAACAUCGCCUCGGUCGAGAUGUCGCGCGAUCUGUUCCCAGACAUCGAAACCAUCCUCUCCAGCUCCAACCCAUACAUUCGACGAAAAGCUGCCCUUUGCGCCAUGAGAAUCUGCCACAAAGUCCCCGACCUACAAGAGCAUUUCUUCGAGAAGGCCAAGCUACUCUUGACCGACCGAAACCACGGUGUCCUGUUGUGCGGAAUGACACUGCUCGUGAGCUUGUGCGAGGCAGACGAGGAAGAGGGCGGAGAACAGGGCGUAGUCGAGAUGUUCAGGCCACUAGUUCCCACACUGGUCAAGAUCCUCAAAGGCCUGUCGAGCUCUGGAUACGCUCCUGAACACGAUGUUACUGGAAUUACCGAUCCUUUCCUGCAAGUCAAGAUUCUCCGGCUCUUACGAGCCUUGGGCCGUGGCGAUGCACACACGAGCGAACAAAUCAACGACAUUCUGGCGCAGGUAGCCACGAACACCGACUCCUCCAAGAACGUUGGAAACUCGAUCCUCUACGAAGCCGUUUUAACCAUUCUGGACAUUGAAGCUGAUUCAGGCUUGCGCGUUCUCGGCGUCAACAUCCUAGGCAAGUUCUUGACCAAUAAGGACAACAACAUCCGAUAUGUCGCACUCAACACUCUGAUCAAGGUUGUCGCUGUAGAGCCAAAUGCAGUUCAACGACACCGUAACACCAUCCUCGACUGUCUGCGUGACCCCGAUAUCAGUAUUCGUAGGAGGGCUCUGGACCUCAGCUUUACCUUGAUCAACGCAGACAAUGUCAGAGUCUUGAUUCGUGAACUCUUGUCAUUCCUCGAGGUCGCCGAUGCCGAGUUCAAGCCGAUCAUGACUUCUCAGAUUGGUAUUGCCGCAGACAGAUUUGCGCCCAACAAGCGAUGGCACGUAGACACGAUGCUGAGAGUCCUCAAAUUGGCUGGUAAUUACGUCAAGGAACAGAUUCUAUCUUCUUUCGUGCGACUUAUCGCAACAACCCCUGAGCUGCAAACAUACGCAGCCCAGAAGCUCUACGCUACGCUCAAGGACGAUAUUUCUCAAGAGGGCCUCAGCUUGGCAGGCGCCUGGGUGAUUGGUGAGUACGGCGAUGCUCUUCUGCGAGGCGGCCAGUACGAAGAGGAAGAGCUCGUCAAAGAGGUCAAGCAGAGCGACAUCGUCGACCUGUUCACCAGCAUCCUCAACAGCAGUUAUGCCGGUCAGAUUGUCAAGGAAUACAUCAUAACCUCUGCCAUGAAGCUUACUACCCGUCUUACUGAGCCUGCUCAAAUCGAAAGACUGCGAAGGCUACUGGAAAGCAACAAUACCAAUCUGGACGUGGAGAUCCAGCAGCGUGCAGUCGAGUAUGGCAACCUGUUUUCCUAUGACCAAGUGCGUCGUGGUGUUCUAGAGCGUAUGCCACCACCAGAGAUUCGCGAAGAACAGAGAGUGUUGGGCGAGGCCACGAAGAAGCGACACUCCAAGGUUCCCAAGAUGAAAAAGCCAAGCCAGGUCACCGAACAGGAUAUGCUUCUGGAUCUGAUGGGAGGCGACACAAAUAUGCCUGCUGUAGACCUGAGCUCAACCCUCAACGGAUCACAACACAAUGCAGACUUGCUCGCUGAUAUUCUGGAUGGCGGCCAAUCUAUGUCGAUACCUUCUCGACCUCCCCCAACCACAUCGCCCGCGCCUGCUGGCAACAUGAGCUCGAUCAUGGAUCUUUUCGACACGCCAUCCGCCACAGCGACGCCGCAACCGCCUUCUCAGCAACAAGCACAAAACACUGACUUGUUUGGUGGAAUGACUUCUCCGCCACCGCAAACGCAAGGACCACCGGUCCACACAGCUUUCGACAAGAACGGGCUUUUGGUCACAUUCCAGAUCCAGAGAAACGCCACAGCGGUACAAAUCAUUGCUCGCUUCAGAAACACAGGAGGCUUUGAGCGAUUGACAGACCUUGGCUUGCAAGCUGCGGUCCCCAAGAGUCAGAAGCUGCAACUGCAAGGAAUCAGCUCAAGUGAACUAGAUGGCGGAGAAGAGGCAACACAGCAGAUGCGCAUUAUCAGCGUCCAAGGGCCUCCUCCUCAAAAGUUGCGCUUGAGAUUGAAGGUGAGCUAUGCACAAGCAGGCAGCCCAGCCACGACAGAACAGGUGGAUUGGUCAGAACCAGCAUAG